UCAUAGUGUCAGCUGUUGCAAUGUGAAGAAUCGUGUGUGUUCGUUUCUCUGAGCUGACCAGAGAGGCUGAGUCUGGGGUUGGAGCGGAUAGGAAGUGCAGUUCUGAGCCGGGAUUAUUCUUCUUCUCCAUGUGAAAGAAAGCCGGCAAUGUGAUGGCUGCAGCAGGUUUUGGGAGGGGUUAAUCGGGUUGCUGUUGCAUACUGUUAAUUCGGUGUACUGUAGCUAUGGCAACGAGUGCGGUUCCAAGCAACAACCUUCCUACUUACAAACUAGUGGUGGUGGGGGACGGGGGCGUUGGGAAGAGCGCGCUUACCAUUCAGUUUUUCCAGAAGAUCUUUGUACCCGAUUACGACCCGACGAUAGAAGACUCCUAUUUGAAGCACACAGAGAUCGAUGGGCAGUGGGCGAUACUUGAUGUGCUGGACACAGCGGGACAGGAGGAGUUCAGCGCGAUGAGGGAGCAGUACAUGAGGACGGGCGAUGGAUUCCUCAUAGUGUACUCGGUGACAGACAAAGCAAGCUUUGAGCACGUUGACCGAUUCCACCAGCUCAUUCUCAGAGUCAAAGACCGGGAAUCCUUUCCAAUGAUACUGGUUGCCAACAAAGUAGAUUUAAUGCACUUAAGAAAAGUUACAAGUGAGCAGGGCAAAGAAAUGGCAGCUAAACAUAACAUUCCAUACAUAGAAACGAGUGCUAAGGACCCUCCAAGUAAUGUUGACAAAGCAUUUCAAGACCUUGUCCGAGUAAUCCAGCAAGAAAUACCAGAGAAAAGCCACAAGAUGCAAAAGAAAAGGAAGUGGCGUGAGGAACGAGCGAGUGGCUCUCACAGACUGCAGUGUGCCAUCUUGUGACAGAGCAGAGCAGGCACCUCGCUUCAAAACAACUAAACCAUUGGAACUGCCUGCUGCUUCUAACUGAGGAUGAGAGAGAGAGAGACAGUCUCGCUCCUCCAGCUGAGCUGUCCUGGCCACAAACAAGUGUCAGCAUACACCAUGCAGUAUUCCUCAAGGAGAAAAAGAUGAAGUAACUUGACUGAACUGGUUUAAUAAAAUACUGAGUGAUUUCAGGUGUUAGAGUAUAGUCUAGCUGUCCUAGCAGCACUUGCACCCUCAUGUUUUUUCUUCGUUAUCCAGCUGAAGGACAUGUGGUCCGAAACAGUCUGAUAUAAUUGAUUUUUUUAAUUAAUUCACAUUUGUGUACUUGCUUUAACAUUUUCUUAUUUAUGUAAUUGCACACACGCUGUACUUGUGCCUCUGUAGCCAUUUCACGGGGGCAGCUGUUUGGAAGAGACUGCUAUUCGAAUGCCCCCGUUUUCACAUUUUACUCUGAAGAAAAGUAAACGAACGCUGGAGGAAAAAAAAAAAAGUGGCUGUUUGUAUUAGGUCCAAGAACAGUGUCAGAAAAAAAGUGAAGUGAAGUUUGAAUGCCACAAUGAAUUUCAGCCGGCGUGUUGGAAGUGUGCAAAGUGUUUCAUUGCAUUUUUUAAAAUGUUGAAGCAAGAUGGUGUAAAGUAAAUACUAUACAGCUCAAACUAGUUUUUAAAUGAGAUCAGAACAAUGAACUAUUUCCAGACUUUCAUAGAUAUACUGAUACAUUUUGCAUGAGAUGCAAAGGACCGUGUUUCUAUGUAUGUAACUCCCAAACCUCUCAACUGUCGUAUUAUUAAUAUUCUUGUUUUUCUUUUUGUCCUGUGACAUAAUUUGCAUUUUAGUCCAAUUUCCUUGAAGGAAUGCCAGAUUGCUUGCAGUACAUGAUAGAACAAAGUAAAAGCAAGUGAUCGUUCUUGUGUGGUGUAACAGGAGCCCUACCUCAGAGCAGGACUGGCUGCUGGUGCAGCCCACACAGCUGAGCCUCCCUCUUACAUACUGGGUGUGCUCUGUUUCUGUUCGGGACCACGAUGAGGUUCAGAGGCAUGGGGUUUCCAAACAAGCUUGGAUCGUUUCUUCUGUAUCAGUAAAUUCCUUUUUCGUUACUCCAUCCAGUUUCAAUUAUGAUUUUGUAAUUGGCACUCCAGUUAAUAACAGCGGGGGACACAAAAGCAGCUGGUUUGUUUUGAUCUGUGCCCAGGCCGGGCAGUGCAUGGAGCAGCAGUUAUGCAUGAGUUUGCAACAUUUAAACCCAUUUCAUAUUUCCAUUGCUGCACGCCCAGCAAAGGCACAUAUCGUACAACAAAACUGCAGCGAGAGGUUGGGUAUGUUUGUAAUGCUUUUACUAAUUUCCCAUUAAUGUGCCGAUGUACUGUGCAGCUUCCCAAAUGAGAAGUCAUGUUCAAGUAGAAGAGUCAGGGAACUCCGGAUUUGCCACAUAGUGUGUAGAGCCUUCUUGCCUGUGAUUGUGUGCAGAGCUAGGAGGGUCAGUUAGAUACUGCACAGUGAACCCAGCUUUGGUUGAUCCUUCCAAAUGCAUCUCUGUUUCAAUGCAAUGAGUUCUAGAUGUAGAGGGCUUACCCACGUGCAAAUGUUCCUUCUCAUAAUACCGUCAGUAUUGCUACUCGACUGGGUUAGGCAAGUGUGGUGCCUCAGUACAGCCAUUGUGCUGCUCGUAAAGACUGCUGCAUAUUCACAGGGAAAGCAAUCUGUACUUCCUCAGAUGGAGGUUACACUGGGUUAGGAUGCAUGUCUAUGCAGAUUCACAUAAUUUGUAUGCUGUGAACCGUUUGAUCUACAAUGGCCUUUUAUUUGUAGCUUUUUUCAAGAAUUGUAAAAUGAGACCGCAUUGAUGUUAUCAAUGCUGGAGCUAGCAGAAAGUACCAAUGCAAGUGUAUUGUGAGGCAUCAAGUACAAUUAACACAUGCAUUUAAAGGGCAGCCUGGUGUGUGCAUGAAAUAUCUUUACAAACGUGCAAGGUCAGGGUCAAUUGUUGACAGUGUACAGUGUUCUUUUUUAGUUGAAGUGCUUGUACAUUUUCUGAGACCUUUGGUUAACAGAACAUGAUUUUCUAUCAAAAAAAUGGUUUGAAUGCAAGAGAUGAGACAUACAGUAAAGCAGAAGCAGAGAAUCACAUACAGAAAUGACCCUAUGAAGACCGGGGACCAAUAAGAAAACACUGUGCUAGGUUCUUAGGACUAUUUUAAAUGUAACAUUCACUACAAAGGGCAGCACUGAGCAGUCCACGAGUCCAGCAGUCAAGUUCAGAAACUAGUCGCACGUCACGUCAUUGUGGAGUAAUUGUGAAAGGUGCGGUUGCAAUCUGUUUAAAUAUAACAUUAAUAAAUAGUUUUAAAACAA